AUGAAGCUCCCCUUGACCUUUUCCGCGGACCCCAACACCGACGUCUGGAAGAAGCCUCCUUCGCACGAUGUCUUUACAGCCCCCUACCGGUCGCACUCCAAGGACGCAACCGCCGCCUUCUCGUCGGCCACCAUCACCUUCACCUGCACCUACACGAAGCAGUUCGACCAGGCCGGCAUCCUCUUCAUCUUCCACCCGCCCGAAAGCACCACGACGGAGCCGCCCGCGGCGCGCAAGUGGAUCAAAGCAGGCAUCGAGUUCUUCGACGGAAGCCCGCGUCUCUCGACCGUAUGCUGCGACGCCUGGGCCGACUGGAGCAUCGCCCCUCUCCCGGCGUCCGCCUGCCUCGACGACGUCGUAAAGGGAAAGGAGAGCGUCACCAUCUGCGUCGAGAAGGAAAACGGCACGACGGGAACGAGCAUGUGGGUUUACUGUGUGGACGCGAAGAACCCCGAGGCACCCACGACCAAGCUCCCCAUGAGGGAGAUUAACUGGCCAUUCGGCGAGGCUGCCAGCGCCGGCUGGGAACUCGAAGUGGCCGCCGCCAUUGCCCGCCCAGACAAGGCGGGCCAUGACAAGCUCGAGGCUUCCUUUAGUCAUUUCGACGUCAGAUGGGCAGAGUAG